AUGAAGUUUUCCCACUCAUUACAAUUCAAUGCUGUUCCAGAAUGGUCCUCGAAAUAUAUUGCUUAUACCACUUUGAAGAAAUUGAUUUACUCUUUACAAAGAGAUAAUUUGAGAAGGACUUAUCAACAAGAUGACGAAGAAGCAACUUUAGAAGGAUCACAUUUGAUCGGUGCAAAUUAUGCUUCCACGGGUCAAACUCAAGAUGAAUCUGCAUCAGCCGUGUUUAUAGCUGCACUUGAUGCCGAAUUAAAGAAAAUCGAUACAUUUUAUCAACAACAAGAAGGGUUUAUUUUCAGUAAUAUGAAUGAUUUGAUGAAUGACAUUGAUAAUUUUGAAAGAGAAGUCGACGAAUCUUUGGCAUUACCUGGAAGCAACAAGAAUUUUCAAGGUGUUGUUAAACAAAAUCGUAGAGUUUCUGGUAGUUCACAGGAUAACUACAUUACAAACACAACGGAUCCUGACACGGAAUUCACUCAACCAGAAGAUGAUGACGACGAUGACGAUGAAGAGGAUGCAUUAACUAGCGCUUUUCAAGAGACCAGAGGGAGAAGAAGAGGAGGAUCUGUUCCAGAACUUCAUGAAAAUGAACAUCAAUUGCGUCAUACACGAUCUAUAGAUGAUUAUGCUACAAAAUCACCAAAAAUCUGGAACGAUUUAAAUAAUGCUACUUUGUCAAAUAAUGUUCCACCACAAUUACUCUUGUUGAGUGAGAAUAGAAUCAUUUUAAGAAAGCGAGUCAUUGGAUUAUACACCACAUUAUCUGAAUUAAAAUCUUUUAUCGAAUUGAAUUACACCGGGUUUAAAAAAGCAUUGAAAAAAUUUGAUAAAUCAUUGAAUACUAACAUUAAAGAUAAUUAUUUGGAAAAUUUACCCAACAAUUCCUACAUUUUUAAAAAAUCAACCAUGAAAAAAGUUGAUGAACAUUUGGAUUCAUUAGUCAAACUUUAUGCAUUAAUUUGUAAUCAUGGUGAUGAUUUAGAAGCUGCCAAACAAGAAUUAUCAAUCCAUUUACGUGAACAUGUGGUUUGGGAAAGAAACACCGUUUGGAGAGAUAUGAUAGGAUUAGAAAGAAAAUCAUAUGCUGCCAAUUCAAAAUUGAUGAAUCGAAGUGAUGGGAAUAAUGAUGAAAAAGAGGAUGGUUCAGGUAAUAUGAAAUUGAUGCUGAAAUUCAAUAUAUCUUUGAAAAACCCGGUUGUGAUAAAAUUGAUAUUGAUUUUUGCUGUCACAGUGUUUUUAUUGAAUGUAUCUCCAUUUGAUGAUUCUGCACAAAGAAACUGUUUUGCUUUGUUAAUUUGUGCAUCAUUACUUUGGGCAACUGAAGCUAUUCCAUUAUUUGUUACGUCUUUAGUUAUCCCAUUAUUGAUUGUUGUGUUAAACGUUGUUAAAAAUGACGAUGGUUCAAUCAUGGAAACUGUAGAUGCAUCAAAAUUCAUAUUAUCAACAAUGUGGAAUUCAGUCAUUUUAUUAUUGUUGGGUGGGUUUACUUUGGCUGCCGCUUUAUCGAAAUAUCAUAUUGCUAAAUUGAUUUCAACUUGGAUAUUAUCUAAAGCUGGAACUAACCCAGCAGUUGUAUUAUUGACUAUUAUGGGAGUGGCCCUUUUCGCCUCAAUGUGGAUUUCAAAUGUUGCUGCACCAGUCUUGUGUUUUUCAUUGAUUCAACCAUUAAUCAGAACUUUACCAAAAGGGUCAAGAUUUAUCAAUGCAUUGAUAAUGGGUAUUGCCCUUGCUUCUAAUGUAGGUGGUAUGGCCUCACCAAUUGCUUCUCCACAAAAUAUGAUCGCUAUUGGUGCUAUGGAACCUCAACCAUCUUGGGGUGAAUGGUUUGUUGUGGCUCUUCCUGUUUGUGUUUUGGCAUUGUUGUUGAUUUGGGUAUUUUUGUUAAUUACUUUUAAUUGCAAUUCUAGAAACACUCAUUUAGUAGCAAUCAGAACAAUUGACGAUAAAUUCACUGGAAUUCAAUGGUAUAUCAUUACAGUAUCAUUUGGAACUAUUUUGCUUUGGUGUUUAGCUUCUAGAUUGACAGGUAUAUUUGGAGAAAUGGGUAUAAUUGCUUUGAUACCGGUAAUCUUGUUUUUCGGUUCUGGAUUAUUGACUACAGAAGAUUUUAACAAUUAUCCAUGGAAUAUUGUUAUCUUAGCCAUGGGAGGUACCGCUUUGGGUAAAGCUGUUGCCUCAUCAGGUUUAUUGAAUACAAUUGCCGUCACUAUUCAAAGUCAAGUUGAAGGGUUUUCAUUAUUUGGAAUUAUUUUAACUAUUGGAAUUUUUGUAUUAACUAUUGCUACUUUUAUUAGCCAUACCGUGUCAGCAUUGAUUCUUAUUCCAUUGGUUAGUGAGCUUGGUCACAACAUGCCUGAUCCUCAUCCUAGAAUGUUGAUUUUAUCUACAGCAUUAUUGUGUAGUGCAGCUAUGGGAUUACCAACCUCUGGAUUCCCCAACGUUACUGCUAUUUGUAUGACAGACGAAUUUGGCAAGCCAUAUUUGACAGUGGGGACGUUUAUUAAAAUUGGGGUUCCUGCUUCAGUGAUAGCUUAUGUCAUUAUUGUAACAGUCGGGCAUGCAACUAUGAAAAUUAUCAAUUUUUGA